AUGCCUCGUCAACAAAUCAACCUCGAGCCUUAUCGGGACGAGAUUAUCACACUUUUCCAACAUGGUAUUAGUAGCGACUCAAUAAGUCGUACUUUAGAAAGCCGGUACAACAUUCAAGUGAAGGAACGCACCAUCCAAUCCCGAUUACGAAAGUGGGGUAUCCGCAAGCGACACCGAACCACAACAGCUGAUGAGACCCUUCACGCACGGAUCAGACUGCUUUUCAUGCAAGAUAGACUGACCGACAAAGCAAUGCUCAAGCUACUACGACAAGAUGGAUAUGAUAUUUCCGAACGCACCCUACGUCGACUACGAUUUCAACUUGGACUUCAUGCCAGAACUCCGCUAGAUCAUGAUCGGCACCAGAGAGUCUUGCUGGUUACGCAAGAAGUCCCACAGAUAUAA